AUGCAUAGCUAAGAGUUGAAAAUGGAUCAUAGAUGUGCUAAAUUUUUGAGGAAGUUCAUUUGCUGCGUUUCAGCCAAUCAGGAUGAUUUCCACUGUGCAGACGAUGAUGAUCUUGUGACUAACCCUUCAUUUGGGUAGGAAGACACCAGUUGUGCAAGAGAAGGGUGGUGUACCACAAUGAUCGAAGGACUGGCUGCUUUGAUUCUUCUUAGUACAAUGUCUCUGCUUCAAGCUGCAGAGGUUCCUCAUCAGAUCUCUCUGACUGUGGUUGAACUUGGUGGGAAUGUUACUUUGCAGUGUCCAGUUUCUGAGAAGGAAGGCAAAUUCUUUUACUGGUUCAAACAGCCUCUUGGAUAUAUGGUCCAAACAGUUGCUGCAGGAACUUUUACUCAACAAAAACUCAGCCCACAAUUUAAUAACUCACGUUUCAAAGUCACAGAGGGAAAGGCUCGCUAUCUUCUUACCAUCGCAUAUGUGAGCAAAGAGGAUGAAGCAACAUACUUCUGUCAGAAUGGAACGGCAUAUUCACAGAGUUUCAUCAGUGGCAUCUUCUUGGCUGUUAAUGAUCGCAAUCAGCAGAAAUCUCUCUACGUGAAACAAAGUCCGGAGACUGAGUCGGUCCAGCCGGGCGAAAGAGUGACUCUCCAGUGUUCACUUCUCUCCAAGAACAAAGAAACCUCAGAUGAGUGUCCAGAUGAACACAGAGUGUACUGGUUCAGAUCUGAAUCAAAAGAAUCUCAUCCAAGCAUCAUUUACACUGACAGAGACAAACAAGAGGAGAGAAGUUGUUUCCACAGUCUGUCCAAAACUAUACAGACCUCCUCUGAUACUGGGACUUACUACUGUGCUGUGCUCACAUGUGGAGAGAUCCUGUUUGGUGAAGGAACUAAAGUGGAAACAACUUUCGAGAGCAUGGUGGCAGGUUGCAUCUGA